GAGUGUCACUAGCACACUGCCUUAGCACGCGUCACAACACGAGUAGAUGUGGACUUGAUGGGUUCACCAACGCUGUUCUAAGCACCCAUGUCGACCAUGACAUCGUUCCUCAGCUCUCAUGAAUGAAAAUCUUAAAAAUUCAACGCUACAUGUCGCGCCCGUGCGCUCGGAGACAGCUGGCGCCCACCGUGGCAGAAUCUGAGCUUCUCUCGGCACACGCUCUUCAGACUGUGCACACACCGAUAAGUACAGCUCAUACAGCGCCCAACCUAAACCGGCUGUCCUCACCGUAGUACUGUCCCGAACAUGAAUUAUUCAUUAGCUACGGACAGCCCGUUUAACACUGCCUUGUUGUCUCCAGAGGGCCGUGCUGUGUAUCGCAUCGAUACAUAUCUCAGCUCAUCUACGACCACUGUUAAGAAGGUCGCUGGCGGGCAGAGUGAAAUGGAGAUUGGGAGAGUGGUGUGGCAAUCUGGUAGACCUGGAACGGCUGUGGUGCAUGGACACGAGAUAUACGUCAACAAGAGCAGUUUUUUCAGCUCGUCAAGAACGUUUACAGCAUUAAAUGGGCAAUCGUAUAAAUGGACGUUCAAUGAAGGAUCAGCAUUGAUGGCAAGCAACGACAGCAGACAAGCCCCAGUUGCUACCUACACACCAGCAACGAGAUCAAAUCCUGGGCUACUACAUGUAACCCCACAUGGUCUAACCAUCACCGGAGAUGUCAUUUUGAGCUUCGUCUGCGUCGAAGGCGAACGACGACACGCGAUGAGGAAGAGUCUAAGAUGAUGUCAUGCGGAGAAAUUUCAAACGUUCAAACGUACUUUCGAUCGUGUCAUUGUGUUCAUUUUUAUGCUACGUCUAUCGACUCUUUCAUUCGUUCGACGCAGUCAUGAUCAUGCAUAUGUGUGCAAGCGCUCUUUACUUUUUCCUCCUUUCCGUAUUGUUUUUUUCACUGAUUCCUGAGAUUAUAACUUCGGGUUAUUGUUGGCCUAGAUACUUUUAUAGAUCUAGAGUUACUUUGGACAUUCACAUGUAUCAUUUUGAUAUGGACCGUGGCACAUACCCGGGGUACCUAGUAUAAAUACCUGUUGAUGUUUG